AUGGACCCCAUGGCGAAACAUGGCGAGCGGGCGAAGCGCGCGUUGGCGACCGGGACGGAGAAGGCUUAUAUGGGUAUAGCCGCCGCUGAAGCUAUCAUCGUCUCCGCUGUCGCCUGGGCGUACUUCGGUCUCGUCCAAACCAACGUCCCUACCGUCGACCCAAGGACACGGACCGUUCCAGUCUACAUCUCCAACUUCAUUUUCGCUCAACUGUUCUCGGUGGCGUAUGUCUACGAUGCGCUCCGAGCAAGGAACUUCAUACAGCUCGUCCUCCACGCCAUAUUCAACCUCAUGAUCCUCAUCUACGCGUGCCUCCAGAUCUCGCAAACCCGCACAGCGCUCUCCGCCCUCCAAGGUAGCGCUCAACGAUGCGGCAACUUUGCGAGAUGCUUCGGCGAGGGGUCGCUCUUCAAUACCAUCCUCGGCCUCUUCAUCGUCACGCCGAUUGUGGUGGGGUUUGCGACGAUCGCGUAUGCCUUCUUGAUCAGGAGAUUGGUCCAGCAGUUCGGGUGGGCCGAGUUUAGGCUGGUCGGAGCGAGUCCAGAGAUGAAGCGCAUUCACAGAGAGUAUCAGACCCUCGUCUCCUUGCUCAAGCUACUGUUCUUCUUUUCUCUCGCCUUCUGCCUCGCCGUGAUUCCUCAUCCUCGUCGUCUCAGCAGCCCCAAGAACAAUACUGCCGAGUUUGUCAUUACCAUCAUCGCCAUGCCGCUCACGCCCAUCGUUAUCCUCGCGUGCGGCUAUGCUGUGCGGAAGGAGAAUAUGCCACUGAUGAUUGCUUGCCUGUCGAUGAUGAUCCUCGGCCUGGCCUACUUCAUAUACAAGCUCACAUCCAUGUUUCUGCCGUAUGCUACGAGGCUGUACAUCAAUACUCGGAUCACCAUGGUGCUCUUUGCGAGCUUCGCCAUUCUCAUCCUCAUUGUCACCUUCAUAUACGGCUGUCUCUGCCUGAGCAACUUCGGCAAGGGUCUGAUCGAGGCGCACCGCAAUCCCGAAAACAAGACCUCGCUCUGGUCUGUCGGUUCGUCAAGGCGGGCAAAGGAAAGCUCGGAGGAGGGUCGGAAGGCCGAGCACGGCAGACUGGUGGUUGACAGCUGA